UGCAUUUAAACUCCAUUAAUUGUUCUUUCAUCAUUAUUUUCUAAGGGAAACUUGUCAAAAGUUUCUCUUAAACUUUUCUAGUUGGUUGAUUUUUUUCUGGCAGUGUAUGCAUUUCUUAUUAACCAACUAGAAAAGUUUCUCUUAAACUCGCGGCGAGGACUACGUAAACGACAUCAUUCACUCGUUCUCUCUCCCGACGCUCCUCUCCAAAGUGUGAGAGGGUGAAGGGUUACUGUGCCGCGUGAUUCUUGGGAGAUCAGAGAUUAUUCGUGAUGAUGACACAGAACAAUGUUAUCCGACUUGUGAAGAGUAUGAUUCUAGAGUGGAUAAUUUUUCGAGUCCAAGCAAGUACAUCAUUUGGAGUAAUCGCAUGAAUACUCAUGUUUUGCCUGCUUGUGUUGUAAGCUUCAGAGUUUCUUCCUUCAAAGAUAAAUCGGAUUCACCAAAAUUUAUGCGCUUUCCAAGAUUUUGCCUCCAUGUGAUAUUGCCGUCAUCUCCAAGUUCUAUAAAGAUAAAAAAAGAGAAGAAGAUUUCACGACAUGAAUUGAUACAAAGAGUGAGACGAAUAGUUGGAGAUAAGUUGUUGGGUGCAGCCAUCAAAUCUUAUAGAGACAAUAAGAAGAAACCAAGCUUUCUAAAAUCAAGGUCAAAGAAUGGCUUAGCGACGCGGAUAGAAUAAUUUCCUUCACGUGAGUUCUUUUUCUUGGGUUGACACAAUGCAUUACUAAACUUCAUAACCAAACUUACAAGGAGGACACAUAAACUGCUUUAAAAGCACUGUGACAUAUUUGACUCAACCUUUUUUUUUUAAUUUAUAUUUUUUUAUGAGGUUGAUGUAGCAUAGGAGAAGGAAUCUUUUCUUUUCUUUUUCUUUAUGGUUGUCACUUGCCAGUGGGAAUGAUGUCCUCCAUGAAUAAGGAUAUGCUAUCAUGGACACAUUGACCCACUCCAAUGGACUGUCCUUAAAAUUGUACAUAGUAAUUUUGUUGUUUCUUC